CUCGGCCUCUCACCUUCUCCUCCCCUUCCCCUCCCGGUCCCUCCUCCCUGCCGGCGCCGGCCGUGCCCGCCUCGCUCCCCGCCUCGACUGAGGGGCGGCUGCCGCCGCCGCUGCUGCUGCCGCCGCUGGGAAGAUGUCCGAGCGCGGCGGCUUCUACCGGCAGGAGCUGAACAAGACGGUGUGGGAAGUGCCCCAGCGCUAUCAGAACCUCACCCCCGUCGGCUCCGGCGCCUACGGCUCCGUCUGUUCAGCUUAUGAUACCAAAACAAGACAGAAGGUGGCAGUAAAAAAGCUUUCACGACCUUUCCAGUCCCUUAUUCAUGCGAGGAGGACCUACCGAGAGCUUAGGUUGCUGAAGCACAUGAAGCAUGAGAACGUUAUAGGAUUGCUAGACGUUUUUACACCUGCAACAUCGAUAGAAAAUUUUAAUGAAGUGUAUCUUGUGACAAAUUUGAUGGGUGCUGACCUGAAUAACAUUGUGAAGUGCCAGAAGUUAACAGAUGACCAUAUACAGUUUCUCAUCUAUCAGUUACUUAGAGGUCUUAAGUAUAUUCACUCAGCUGGAAUCAUCCACCGGGACCUGAAGCCCAGUAACCUAGCUGUAAAUGAAGACUGUGAAUUGAGGAUUUUAGACUUUGGCUUAGCUCGACAAACUGAUGAUGAAAUGACCGGAUAUGUUGCAACAAGAUGGUACAGAGCUCCAGAAAUCAUGUUAAACUGGAUGCACUACAAUCAAACAGUUGACAUCUGGUCGGUUGGAUGCAUCAUGGCAGAGCUAUUGAAAGGGAAGGCCCUAUUUCCAGGAAACGAUUAUAUCGAUCAACUAAAGAGAAUAAUGGAAGUUGUGGGCACGCCCAGUUCUGAACUCCUGAAGAAAAUAUCAUCAGAGCAUGCAAGAAAAUACAUCGAAUCUCUUCCGCAUAUGCCUCAACAGGAUUUGAAAGCAGUAUUUCGUGGUGCCAAUCCAUUAGCUGUAGAUCUUCUUGAGAAGAUGCUUAUAUUAGACAGCGAUAAAAGAAUUACUGCCUCGGAAGCACUUGCACAUCCAUACUUUGUACAGUAUCACGAUCCAGAUGAUGAACCUGAGGCCGAGCUGUACGAUGAGUCAAUAGAGAAUAAGGAACGAACUAUAGAUGAAUGGAAAGAACUUACCUAUGAAGAAGUGAUCAGCUUUAAACCCCCUGACUUAAAAAUGGAUAGCCUGGAGAUAGAACAGUGAAUAACAGGCAGCUCUGUCUUGCCUUGCUGCACUAUGAAGACUGUUCAAAUAUAACCAUACAAUUUAACCUGUGGUCAGAUGUAGAUUUUACUGUCCAAAGAUGUUGGAGAAGAUGUGGAAAAGUGGAUGCAUUAUACAGAAGCCAAAUUCCAUCUGGUUUGGGUGGGGCUCUUUGCCUUGUAGUAUGAAUGUAUUCUCAACUCAUGAAGGGUGAUAAAGAACUGCUUCCUUCUGACAAAAUUAUGCACUGAGUUCUGUUGAGCUGUGUGUUCUGCAUGUCUCAUUUUAUCAGUUGUAUGGCCAAAAUAAAGGUGACUUUUUAAAUUAAUUUUUAAAUUGAGCAUUUAAAGCAUGAAUGUAUGCAAACAUGAACACAGAAGUCCAUAUUGAGCAAUCCAUUUUUCUCCCCAGCAUUUUAACCAUCUGUUUUCAUUUUACUUAUAGUUAGUGCCUUUACGAAGAGAGGGCGUGGUAGUGAGAUAGACAGAAUAUGCUUAUGUAGUCAUAUCUGUGGUGGUCUUACAAAUUUACUGGAUGUCUCUCAAGCAAUCAUAGCACCACUUGAAAGUCAGUAAAAAUAAAUCUUUGUCUUCUGUUUCCAUUCAAGUGUCUGUUCUCAUUAUUUCCCCCACGUAUAUUUUAUGAACUUGCUCAAUACCGUUUAUGAGGUGAUUGUACCUCCCAAUGGCACUCCUAACUGUGUGUCAAUGGAGUCCUGGUAAAUUUGCCUGAGCUUACAGGAAGGUGCCGUGAAGGCAUCACGGCAGAUCUCUGUAGUCUUCUGGAACUCCACCAAAGGCUGUCACAGAUGGCUGUGCAAGAGCAUUCAGUUCAAUUCACAGCUUUGAAUUCGAUAUACCUUAUUGGCUUAUUUUCCUUCACAUAAUUCUUGGGAAAAUAAUCUAAUAAUUGUUUUUGGAAGACAUGACAAAACAAGAAGAUUAAAGAAUUUAUUGGGGAAAAAAAAGUACCCAUCUCAUUAGAGUUUCUUUUGAAGCAAAAUUCUAAAGCUCUGUCAAGUUGGGAAAUUAGGUAAUACAUUGUAGUAUACACCAGAUACCAAGAUUUCUUAAAGAAUUGAAUCCAUCUGCUUUCCCCAUUGAAGGCCUAAUACAGAAACAGGACUAUCCUUUGGCAUGAGGCCUCCUGUGGUAUACUGGCUGUCUUCCUAUGUACUUGCAAUUCACAAUUGUUCAAUGUUGCUCAUUUCUGUGUCUUGUUCUCUGGCUGUCAGAGUCUCAUUUUGGAGGUGGCUUUUUAUAUUUAGGUUUUCUGCAACUUUUGUCAUUAAGAUUCAAUUGUACAGCAAUUACAGGAGGUAAUGAAUACUGCUGCCAUUUAUUUACCUUCCUCUGUAUCUUUUCUAUGUAAAAAGAAAAGCUUUUUCUUAAUAAACAGAUUUUUAAAAACCCA